AUGGACAAGCUACUCUCGGUCAAGCCUAAUAAUCCUAUUACAGUUCACGAUAAAAGACAUCGGGAUAACUUGGCCCACAACUUUGUUGUGCUUCCUUCCAUGAUGGCCACAUCAGAGAUCGAUAGAGAGAAAUUUGGAUCCGGAUCCAGCCUCAUUGCUUCUGCCCAGAAUAUCACAAAUGACCUUUCUGGCUGGCUGCGACCAGUACCAGACCGGCUCCGGAUCGAUUUCACUACACUCCAUACACAUAUGUGA